UGACCGACUCUGUUCGUGACCCUACCGUUAUACUUCCGUUCGCCCCAUCGGUUUGCUUCGAGCUAACGAACCGCAGAGCAACCGUCAUGGCCAAGCUAACCCUCUUCCUCGCCUUCGGUCUGGUCGUCACGAUGGGACUUAUCGUGACUCAGGCUGAAGCCUGGUCGCUUUUCGCCCGGAACGAGGAAGCCCACGCAGAGAGUGCCGACGCUGACAGGUCAGAAGCAGCCAGCGCUGACAGGUCAGAAGAAGCCAACGCUGAGGAAGCCAACGCUGACAGGUCAGAAGAAGCCAACGCUGACAGGUCAGAAGAAGCCAACGCUGACAGGUCAGAAGAAGCCAACGCUGAAGAAGCCAACGCUGACAGGUCAGAAGAAGCCAACGCUGAAGAAGCCAAUGCUGACAGGUCAGAAGAAGCCAACGCUGAGGAAGCCAGCGCUGACAGGUCAGAAGAAGCCAACGCUGAGGAAGCCAACGCUGACAGGUCAGAAGAAGCCAACGCUGAGGAAGCCAGCGCCGACAGGUCAGAAGAAGCCUACGCUGAGGAAGCCAGCGCCGACAGGUCAGAAGAAGCCAACGCUGAGGAAGCCAACGCCGAUAGGUCAGAAGAAGCCAACGCUGAGGAAGCCAACGCUGACAGGUCAGAAGAAGCCAACGCUGAGGAAGCCAACGCUGACAGGUCAGAACAUGCCCACGCUGAGAGCGCUGACGCCGACUGAGCGGCACGCCCAAAGUCUAGCCACAAAAAGAAGACUAUGCCAGCACGUCUUUCACUCCGAAUUAGCUCAUCUUAAAGUACAAGAACCACGGGGGGCAGAUAAUAAAACUUAUUUCUUUGAACGUA